UGUUUCGCAAACAAUAGCCGAUCCUAUCACCCGAAUAAGCAAUGCCUACUAAUUGAAAUUGCUAAAUAGCAACCAUAGCACGCUUUAUUAUCAACGAUCCAAGACAUAGCCAAGAAAUUAACGUGGGAAAUCACAGAAUGAAAAAGAAGAAGGCAUAAAAGCUUGUUGCCCAUCCACAGGAAUUUGGACUGGGACAUUUCGACGCUUUCUAUGUGACGAAGACCGAGCUCUGUUUGUUUACACCUAGAGCACUGUCUAAAACGACCUGCGAAUACGAAAUAAUCCUAAAGAGUGCGAAGAAUCAAAUUGGUCAAAUCAAGUCCAUUUCAAAUAGUAAUUAUAUGAUUUUUAAUAUGUUCUCGGGCAAUCUUGGCUUACGAAUGGUAUUCUGCUAAUUGAUUUUAUGUUGUGACUUCGUGUCGCUAACGAAAAGGGAGCUUCCAAGAGAUGGCUAGCAACGCUGCAUACUCUUUCCCUUGCCUACCCCCGGACAGUGGUCGUUAUCACGUAAAGCAGCAAAAACUCAUCGAAAAUGACAAAAGUCUGUCUACUUUGCGAGAUAGCGUGGCUGAGCUUGUUAUAAGCGACCAAGGUGUCUCGCCUAGUGAUUCGCAUGAAAAUAUGGUCACCUCAAAGGAACUUUCAUCAAGCGAACACGUUGAUCAUUUGGAUAAUGAUACACACGAACCGAGCAGUGGUGUAAAAAUCCACACUCUAAGUCUAAAUGACACUUUAACCAUAAAGAAAUGGGUUGAUCAUUUAAAGGUUUUUGAUGUAAACAACUCUAAGUGUCACCCCACGCCAAGUGUUCAUAACUCUUCAACUGAUCAUUCAAAAUGUGGAAAGCAAAGAAACAGCAAAAAAGUAACACUGGAUAAAAGAAAAGAGGCGAUAUUACCGAAAAAUAAAAAUGCAGCAAAAUCUGCCAAUCAAAUUACUAUGGAGUUAUUGCUAAAAAGGAAACGGAAAAUGACCGCAGGUUUGAAUAAAUCUGGCCAAUUUGCUGAUAAGAAGCAAAUAGGAUUCGAAAAAGUGAUGGUUCACGAAUUUGAAGUGGGCGAUCAAUUUUCUGGCUCGUUUUUAAAGCCGAAAACACAGAAUCAAGCUGCUACCUAUAUCUCAGGGAAUACAAGUGGUGAAGACUAUGGAGACGGCUUUGGACGCAAGUUUCGGGAGAAAUUAGCUAAAGCAGAAAGGCAGGAGCGAAAUGCAGAGAAACUCAUAUAUGAUAACAGAGUUGCCGAGCGAAAACUCGCCGAAGCCCAGGAAGUAAUAAAAACUCUUACAGCUAGAGUCGAAAGACGGAGGAAGUUUAUUAACGGGAAACAAAAAGUGGAAAAGGAACUUGUGGCCCUUAUUAAACAUCUAAAAUCUGAACGGAACAAGAAACUCGCCGAAUACAGGCAGUUGUGGGAAUCAUUAAAUGAAAAACUUUCAGAGACGAAUUGCCAAAUCGAUGCGCUAAACAAAACUAAGACUGCAAUAGAGUUUAAUUAUCAAAACGAACUUCAGGAGAGUCUGGAAUUGGUCAGAGCGUUUGAGGCAAAAGAGUCUCAAAUAAGGAAAAUAAAGAUAAAGAUAGAGGGUGCUAAAAAGUUUAAGGAGGAAGCGAGGGUAUAAUUUUACCCAUGAAUAUCAUAGCAUGGUCAUGUUAUGUGCUAUAUAUGUAAGAUUUUCCAUACACCAAAAACUGGAAGUCGACUUUAAUAAGACUUCUUCUUGAGCCUGCCCUUAAAAAGUCUUAUUAAACGAAUUCCAGUUUUUGGUGUAUUGUAUUUGUUCUUCUGGUUCACGAACACGAUUAUUUGGGCUUUUUGUAUACAUAUAUACGUCUUUUUUAUGAUGGAAAUGAUAAAGUAUUUACGCAAUUACAAAACGAUUUAAAAAAAUCUACAACUUUUCAUAUUUUAGAUCCAUUUCAAACACUGUGGCCGUAUAGCAAAGAUUUUCUAUGUUGGGUGCGCUUCAUAGAAAUCGUGAUAAAUUUUAACAACCCUUCAAAGAAAUGGGCUUUUUUGCGGUCGAGGGCGAGGGAAGGGGGGGGGGGGGGGGGCUAUCAAACAUGGUAGAAUAAGAAAAUAUGUUGUGUAGCACCCCGUUCACUCUGGUGAAAACAUAUCACGUCAGUGUUUAGUUAGUUGGGGUCGAUAAACAGCGUAGAUUAGAUAUCAAGUAUCUUUGCCUUUUUAUGCGCGUGUACUAAAAAAGAAUAUACUAUUUUAAGUGCCUUUUUAUUUUAGUAGCCUUAUUUUGGGAUUUCAGUGCCUGAUCUUUUGUCGGUGUAGGAUUUACCGAUGAAUUUCUUGUCUGUGCUGGUUUUGUUGACAUCUGUUUGGUAGGGCCGGGUUUUAUUUGUCUCGGUUUCGAAGAAUCAGUGACCGGCGGAAGAGUCGGUGGUUUUGAUAUUGGUGUCAGACGUCUUUUUCUUGCUGGAAAUCCAAGCGGUCUUACAACACUCACUGCAAAGAAAAAAGAAACAGAAAAAUAGGAACACUAUUAAUUUGUGAUAUUGCGACAAUAAAGCAUUCGCACUAGCUCCAAAAA